AUGGCUCUCUCGGACACGCGCAACUAUGUCCUUGCCAUCGAGAAUAACAAGCAGGAAGCCGAAGAAAUCGCAAAGUCGGCGGCGCAAAAACUCGAGAGUCGCCAGACCACCUUGAUUGAAGUCGUUCAGUCACUCGGCGAGUACAUUAACGACAAUGACGAGAAGAUCCGGUCCCGAGCCAUCUCCUACCUGGUUGCUGUCAUUUCAGCGCUCCCUCCAAAGUACCUCUCCAGACAACAGAUUCAGGUGCUUUGCCAGUUCUUCUGUGAUCGCAUCGAAGAUGGAGGAGCACUUGACGGACUGUCCAAGCUGCAGGGCCUCGAAAGAUUUACAAAUGAGAUGGCUCAAACUGUCGUGAAAGCGAUAUUUGAGCACUUCACAGACUUGCAGACACGUAACCAGGCUGGCAGGUACCGCAUCCUCCAGCUCCUGAACGCACUCUUGGACCACCACCGCAAAGCCAUAAGGGACAUGAAGGAUGAGUCCCUCGUGGGCAUCACGGAUUUGGUGGCGGGUGAAAAGGAUCCUCGGAAUCUGAUGUUGAUCUUCUCCAUGCUCAGGGUGCUCAUGGUUGAAUGGGACAUCAGAGAUCAUGCACAAACCAUGUUCGAUUCGGUAUAUGCUUAUUUUCCUAUCACAUUUCGGCCGCCCCCGAAUGAUCCCUACGGUAUAACAGCCCAGGAUCUGAAAGACAGACUACGGGAAUGUCUGGCUUCUACAGGGGUACUGGCACCCUAUACCUUUCCCAACAUGCUGGAUCGCCUCGACUCUACUUCCCCCACCGUCAAGAAAGAUUGCCUGCAGACUCUGACCGCCUGUGCCACCAAUUAUGAUCCCGAGACUCUGGCCCAAUUCUCAAUACCCCUCUGGGAUGCCGUCAAGUUUGAGGUACUGCAAGCCCAGGAGCCGGAGCUGGCCGAAGAAGCGCUGCACGUCCUUAAAGGUAUUGCUGCCUGCUUAUCCGUCACGGUUAAUGCCUCUCAAAAUCCCACCACGUCGCCACUGCAUCAAUACCUGUCGCCUAUCAAAAAGGAAUGCCUGGAACAUCUGCAAGAGCCUGCGACACGCCAGGCAAAAGCUUCUGGGGACAUUUUGAAAGCAGUGUCAUCCGCCUCGGUCCAAGCUUUUGAAGUUGUGGUCGAAACCGUUGGACCAGCACUGUUAGGUAUCUAUCAGUCUUCGGCGGGCUUGGUGCAACAGCGAGCGAUCUUGGAGGUUGCCAACCAGUUGUUCGAAGCUGCCAUUGAAGUCUAUGGGUCUUGGACAUCUCCAAGCUCUAAAAAUUCCGCAGGGCGACAGAAUCUUGUCGGAGAAUACAAGGACAAAUUUGUGACCCUAUAUAGCCAAGCCUUGAUGGGGACGGUCAAGGAAGAGGUGUCAUUCCGGUUGACAGCUGCAAACGGGCUGUUGCUGGUCUCAAAAAUGAACUCGGUGCUUGCAGAUGACGAGAUCGGUCUUUUCGUCCAAUAUUUCGAUGAUAUUGUCCUCAAAGAGGAGUCCUACGGUCGCGACGAACUGAAAAGGAAAGCCAUGACGGCCUUGGCCGAAAUAUCUCAAUUCAAGCCUAGUUUGAUCUCCAAUAUCUCAUUUCCAGCUUUCAUGGCACGCUUACCUGACUCUGAAGAGGGAGCCCGUACCGCUGAUUUCAGCUCUGUGCUUGAAGGGUUGGCGGAGAUCAGCCUCGAAAAGGAAUUGCUGGGAACACUGAUGAGACGCCUUCUGAACAAAUUGGACAUCCUUUUCAGCUCCAGCCAGGGCCCACCAUAUCCCUACACCUGCCAAAUCUUGGGUACAGUCCUGUACGUUCUGAAUCGCAGCGUCUCGGAACAGAAGGCAACAUUGGAUGCGUAUUUCGAACGGGUGGUCGUGGGACUCUCUCGAAGGAUAUCAGGCGUCAAUCACGGUCCGCUGGCGAAUGAGAACGUGCUGGAUCUACUUGGACGGAUCAUGAAUUUGAUCGUCCGACACUCUGCGGAAGCGGCAGUUCAGCAAACUGCAGAAAACUUCUAUUCCUUCUUCACUCAAUCAUCAGCCAGCGAAGGAUCUCACAGCCUCGUCCACUUAGUCGAUCAGCCUACGCGGACCAUCCUCUCGACAUGGCUGUUGGCAGCUGUUCCCAGAGGCUCGAACUCCUCGCUGCUCACAAAAGACCAGAUUCCCCAGAGUAUCCAAAACUUGGUGUCUUUCGCUUCAAACACUCACAGUGCGGCAGUCACCCAGAGUUGUCUUUCUCAAGUUUCUCUCUACGUCAACAAGCAUAUGGCAACCGCCGAUCUGGGGUAUAUUGACCAAUUGGUCUCACAGAAACUGUCGGCGCUCAAGGACGAACCUAUGGAUGAAACUAAAACGCCCGACUUUGACAUUCGCCUCCUCUUUGCGCUCUUCAAAGCUCUAAUACUCCGAGUUUCCCCACGGACGAACGAGUACCUGGCCAACCUCGUCCAACUCCUUGAUUCGAAGCAGUAUCCACACCAAGUCUCUCAGCUGGCAGCCCGAGGUUUCGCCACCAUUCUGGCGGCUGAUGACAUUUUGUGCAAGCAGAAUGGAGCGCAGAUCAGGUUGCUUGCCCCUCAGCGCGUCUUCCAGACGCUGACGCCGAUGAUUUCCGACAAAUUCAAGACGUCACAGUCAACGCUUGAAAAAGAGAAUUUCCUCGUGGCAAUGAGUGGUAUAAUGGCGUCUGUGCCUUCGGAGAUCGUGAUGCCGGAGCUUCCGACCCUCUUGCCCCUUCUUUUGCAGUCCUUGGACAUUGCAGAUCAGACUGUCAAGAUUGCGACUUUGGAAACGUUCGCGGUUGUUAUAUCCAACAACCCCUCUGCGCUCGAAGAAAGCGGCCACAUACCGGCUCUGGUGAAGCGACUGAUCGCUGUAGCGACGCUGACGAAAUCCAAGGCAGCCGGUCCUGUGAAAUCAGCCUUCCCCGAGAAAGGACUUGCACCCGUACCUCCAACAAAUCUGCCCAAGACCCGGCGUUUGGCGGUCCGCUGUCUCGCUUUGAUGCCCAAAUAUAUCUCAGCAAGCGCAUCCCGAGGCAAUCCUUUGAUUCCACUCAAGCGCGAAGUCCUGCAUGGGCUGACGAAUAUCUUGGAUGACACGAAGCGUGAUGUGAGGAAGGAAGCUGUUGAUGCUAGAGCUGCGUGGCUGAGAGAAGUUGACGAUGCUAAUGAUGACGAUGUAUAG